AUGGAUACCGACAGUGAUGAUGAUGGAUCUCUGGGAAAUGGAUCUAAUCACGGCGGCAGUAAUCAUGGCGGUGGAGGAUUUGGUAUAGAUUUAACUGGUAUUCUAUUUGGUAAUAUUGACUCGGAGGGCAAGCUGAUGGAUGAUGAUGGAGCGGGGGCAUUCGAUCCGGAAUUAAAGGAACAUCUGGGUUCAUUGUCAAAAAUGGGUUUAAAUUCCAUGCUGAGCGAAGUAAUUGAAGCAGAGGAUGCCGAUGAUGAAGAUGAGGAGGAGAAGAAACCAAUGAGUGAUUUUGAUGCCCUCAAAUCAGGAUUUGUGGAUAACAAAGAAAGUCAAGAAGAUGAAACGGGCGAAAUUAUAAAAGAUUCUGAUGCCGUUGAUUAUUCCGAUAUAAAUGAACUAUCGGAAGAUUGUCCCAAGACACCACCGGCAGAAGUACAAGCCACAGAGACGGAAAAUAAAUCAGAUCCCUCCAAUAUGUUGGAAGAUCUGGAGGAUGCUAUACCGGCAUCAAAGGUGCAGAGUAAUGCUUGUUCUUCGGCCAAGGAUGAUAAGGAAUUGAUGCCACCGCCCAGCACCCCCGUACGAACACAACCCAAUUCAACACAAGAAGCGCAAAGUAAACAAAGUGGAUCAGAUAGUGGCAUGGAUUCGGAUGUUAAACCAGAGAAAUCCUCUGAACGUAAAUUGGACACACCACUGGCCGAUAUGCUACCCUCAAAGUAUGCUAAUGUCGAUGUUCGCGAACUAUUUCCUGAUUUUAGACCGGGUAAAAUCUUGAGAUUUUCACGAUUAUUUGGUCCCGGCAAACCUUCAAGUCUUCCACAAAUUUGGCGUCAUGUUAAGAAGCGCAGGCGAAAACGUAAACAAUCACGCGAUCAUAAACCUCACAAUCCAGGUUCAGAUUCUACAAGUGAUUCGGAGGAGCCACGUAAAAAAGGUUUUGGUAUUCACUAUGGCCCCGAUCCCAUGCCUUCACAAUGCCAAUCAGAUGAUGAAGAUAAACUUUUGAGUAUUUUCAAUGAUGAGGAUGUUAAACAGGAACCAGAAAAUGGUGAUAACACAGAUAAUAAACCGAAAAUUGCCGAUUGGCGCUAUGGCCCGGCACAAAUUUGGUACGAUAUGUUAGAUGUACCCGAUUCAGGAGAGGGUUUCAAUUACGGUUUUAAAAGUAAACAAGAAAUGAAACAUUCUAAGCCACAAGCACAAGCCAAAAAGGAAGAACAAACAAAGGAGGAGGAAGAGGCGGCCAUUGCAGAUGAUGCUUUCCUCAUGGUAUCCCAAUUGCAUUGGGAAGAUGAAGUGGUCUGGGAUGGUAACGAAAUAAAGGCUAAAGUUUUACAAAAACUAAAUUCAAAAACAAAUGCUGCCGGUUGGCUGCCAUCCAGUGGCUCGAGAGCAUUUACACCGGCUGGUAAAGCAUUGCCCGUGACCGGAGGGCCAUCAGGAAAAAUUUCAGGCGCAGGUGGUAGUUCAACAAGUAAACAAAAGGCAAAUCAAAACUUACCCGCCAAACCCGCAGAAGCUGUGGAUGAUACCUGGUACAGUAUUUUCCCAGUGGAAAAUGAGGAACUAAUUUACAGCAAAUGGGAAGAUGAAAUCAUUUGGGAUGCUGAAGAAAUGCCCAAGAUACCAAAACCCAAAGUAUUGACAUUGGAUCCAAAUGAUGAGAAUAUUAUCCUGGGUAUUCCGGAUGAUAUUGAUCCAUCGAAAAUCAAUAAGAAUACUGGACCACCACCGAAAAUUAAAAUUCCCCAUCCUCAUGUUAAGAAAUCAAAAAUUCUAUUGGGUAAAGCUGGUGUUAUUAAUGUACUGGCUGAAGAUACCCCACCUCCACCACCAAAAAGUCCAGACAGAGAUCCAUUUAAUAUUUCCAAUGACAGUUACUAUAUGCCUAAGACUGAACCAACAUUACGCCUCAAAGUUGGUGGAGGUAGUUUAAUACAACAUUCAACCCCUGUGGUAGAAUUGAGGUCGCCAUUUAUACCCACACAUAUGGGUCCAAUGAAACUGAGAUCAUUCCACAGACCUCCGCUGAAAAAGUACUCUUAUGGUCCGCUGUCACAGCCGGUACCACAUCCAGUACUGCCAUUGCUUAAGCAUAUCAUUAAAAAGGCUAAGCAAAGAGAUGCUGAACGAAUUGCAUCGGGUGGUGGUGAUGUCUUCUUUAUGCGUAAUCCUGAAGAUUUGAGUGGCAAAGAUGGAGAUAUCAUUUUAGCUGAGUUCUGUGAAGAACAUCCUCCUCUAAUGAAUCAAGUUGGCAUGUGUUCGAAAAUUAAAAACUAUUACAAACGUAAGGCCACCAAAGAUAAUGGACCACAAGACUUCAAAUAUGGUGAAACAGCAAUUGCCCACACCAGUCCCUUUUUGGGUAUCUUACAUCCCGGCCAGUGUAUACAGGCAUUGGAAAAUAAUAUGUAUCGUGCUCCCAUCUAUCCACACAAUGUAAAUCCCACAGACUUUUUGGUUAUACGAACGCGUAAUAAUUAUUAUAUACGUGAAUUUAAUGCUCUGUUCACGGUAGGUCAAGAGUGUCCUUUGUAUGAGGUUCCGGGACCCAACUCGAAGAGGGUUAAUAAUUUUACUCGAGACUUCUUACAAGUCUUCAUUUAUCGUCUCUUCUGGAAAAGUAAAGAUAAUCCACGUCGUAUUCGUAUGGAUGAUAUAAAGCGGGCCUUCCCAGCCCAUUCGGAAAGUAGUAUACGUAAACGGCUGAAACAAUGUGCUGAUUUCAAACGUACUGGUAUGGACUCCAAUUGGUGGGUUAUUAAACCCGAAUUUCGUCUACCAUCUGAGGAAGAAAUUCGUUCGAUGGUUUCUCCCGAGCAAUGUUGUGCUUACUUUAGUAUGAUUGCCGCAGAGCAACGUUUAAAGGAUGCGGGUUAUGGUGAGAAAUCCAUAUUUGCUCCACAGGAGGAUGAUGAUGAGGAAUCUCAAUUGAAAUUGGAUGACGAAGUUAAGGUGGCUCCAUGGAAUACGACAAGGGCCUACAUACAAGCCAUGCGUGGCAAAUGUUUGCUGCAACUUACUGGCCCUGCUGAUCCCACAGGUUGUGGUGAAGGUUUCUCAUAUGUGAGGGUACCAAAUAAACCAACGCAAACAAAAGAAGAACAAGAAUCCCAACCAAAACGUACUGUAACCGGUACAGAUGCCGAUUUACGUCGUCUACCACUGCAGAGGGCCAAGGAAUUAUUGCGUAAAUUUAAAGUACCCGAGGAGGAAAUUAAGAAGUUAUCUCGAUGGGAAGUUAUUGAUGUUGUACGUACUUUGUCAACAGAAAAAGCUAAGGCUGGCGAACAAGGAAUGGAUAAAUUCUCCAGAGGUAAUCGUUUCUCCAUUGCCGAACAUCAAGAACGUUAUAAAGAAGAAUGUCAACGUAUAUUCGAUUUACAAAAUCGGGUACUCGCCAGUUCCGAAGUACUUUCCACCGAUGAAGAUGAAUCAUCUGCCUCAGAAGAAUCGGAUUUGGAAGAGUUGGGUAAAAAUUUGGAAAAUAUGUUAUCCAAUAAGAAAACAUCUACCCAACUGACCCUCGAACGUGAAGAACAAGAAAGACAAGAAUUGUUAAAGAAAAUGAUGGAAGACGAGGAGGGUAAUAAACAAAAGAAUGAUAAAAACAAAGACGGAUCGGGAGAAAAUCAACAACAAUCACAGCCAAAUUUGGGACGCAUAUUGAAAAUCACCAGAACCUUUAAGGAUCAGGAAGGCAAGGAAUAUACCCGUGUAGAAACAGUGAGGCGACAACCGGUAAUUGAUGCAUAUGUCAAGAUCCGCACCACCAAGGAUGAACAGUUUAUAAAACAAUUUGCCACUCUCGAUGAACAACAAAAGGAAGAAAUGAAACGUGAAAAGAGAAGAAUUCAAGAACAACUGAGACGUAUCAAACGUAACCAAGAAAAAGAACGUCUGGCCCAAUUGGCACAGAAUCAAAAACUGCAACCCGGUGGUAUGCCUACAUCUUUGGGUGAUCCCAAGACUUCACAAAGUUCUUCACACAAAGAACGGGAUAACAGCCACAAGGAAGUGAGUCCAUCAAGAAAGAAAUUCAAAUUGAAACCAGAUUUGAAAUUGAAAUGUGGUGCCUGCGGGCAGGUUGGUCACAUGCGUACAAAUAAGGCUUGUCCUCUAUACACGGGAACACAGGGUCCAGGUAAUUCAUCAAUGAAUUCUUCGGUAAUGGAUGAACCUGAAGAAGAGCCCGAAAGCCGUGAAAUCAAUUGUGAUGAUGAUGAUUUGGUUAAUGUUGAUGGUACCAAGGUGACAUUGAGUAGCAAAGUACUAAAGCGCCACGAUGAAAGUUUGCUGGGACGCAGCAAAAAGGGUCUUCUACUGAAAGUGCCCAAAGAUGUUAUGGGUAAAAAGAAACGCAAAGCCAGUGAUAUACACUGUGAUUACCUGCAGCGUCAUAAUAAAACUGCCAAUCGUAGACGUACCGAUCCGGUUGUGGUGUUGUCAUCUAUUUUGGAAGAGAUUUUAAAUGUGCUAAGGGCAAUGCCGGAUGUUACACCGUUUAUGUUUCCCGUUAAUGCCAAGAUGGUCCCCGAUUAUUAUCGCAUUGUUACCAAACCCACGGACCUGCAAACAAUGCGUGACAAUAUACGCCAGAAACGUUAUCACAAACGUGAAACAUUUUUGGCGGACUUAAAGCAAAUUGUGGAAAACUCUACCCUAUACAACGGUCUGAAUAGUUCAUUCACAUCGGCUGCCCAACGUAUGUACAAGAAUUGUUGUGAUUUAAUGGCUGAAAAAGAAGAAAAGUUGGCUCGUUUGGAAAAGGCAAUUAAUCCCCUGCUAGAUGAUGAUGAUCAGGUGGCAUUAUCAUUUAUAUUGGAAAAACUGCAUACAAAAAUUAAAACAAUGCAAGAAAGUUGGCCAUUCCUUAAACCGGUCAAUAAGAAACAAGUUAAAGACUACUAUACGAUUAUUAAGAGGCCAAUGGAUUUGGAAACGAUUGGUAAAAAUAUUGAAGCUCAUCAAUACCACUCUAGAGCUGAUUUCUUGGCAGACAUUGAAUUAAUUGCCGCAAAUUGUGAACAGUAUAAUGGCAGUGAAUCAAGAUUUACACAAAAUGCAAAGCAUAUUUUAGAAUUUGCUCGCACACAAUUGGAGGAGAGUUCAGAACAAUGCCUGCAAUUGGAGCAGAAUAUUGCCAAGGUACAGGAACGUGCACGAGUUGAUGCUGAUCUGGAUGACACCUGGGGUGGUGUGGAAGAUCAAGAAUAUGAUUAUACCCGAACCAGUCGUUCGAGUACACCAGAAAAUGAAUUUAUUGAUGUGGAGGGCAAUGAGAGACCAUCAUCAUCAUCGGCCACAUUACAACGCGGUCUUGGUGGUUUAAUAUCUCUUAAUACCGGUUUAAAUCCCGAUAUGCAACCUCCAAAUGACAUAAAACGUGGUCGUGGUAGACCACGUAAACUUCGCGAUAUAACUGAAGAAGGUGCUCUAAAUGUUAAAUUUAAUGCGAAUGCUGUUAAACGUGGUCGCGGUCGUCCCCGUAAGGACAGCUUAACCUCAAAUAUAAGUAACCCACAUAAUUCCUCUUUUACGGAAGAAGAUCAACAGUGUUCCACCGAGGAUGAAGAUGAUGAAUUCCAAGAAGUCUCCGAAGAUGAGAAUAGUGCAGCAAAUAUCUUAGAUCAGGGCGAACGUAUGCAUUCGAUGUCAAAUGCCGGUGGCAGUGAAGGUGAGGGUUCCGAGGCCCUACAUUCCGAUCAUAUUAAAUCAGAAAUGAAAAUCGAAGAUCCACAGAUUGUUGGAGAAGAAUCAAUGGACUUGGAUCCCAACUAUGAUCCAUCUGAUUUCCUUACAAUGCACAAUCGUUUAGGUGGUGGUAACAACAACGCUAAUGCCACUUCCACCACCGAUUCCACAUAUCAAACAUCAAAUGUAUCACAAUUUUUACCACAAGAUGAAGAUGCCCAUCAGGAAAGUGCCGCACCAAUGAAUCAAGAUCAUCACAUGAAUAUUAAUAAUGAUUUAGCCAUCUCGGAGAGUGAUGAUGACGAUGAUAAUGCCCGCCCCAAAAAGGAGGGUGGUUUCACGCAUCAAAUGGAACAGGAUAUUGCAGGGGCGGAUAAUAACAGUGGUGCUGCACACACAAUGAUGGGUAUACAACAGCAAAUACAACAAAUGUCAGCUUAUGGUGAUGUCUCGGGCCUACAUGAAGAUCAUCAACAACAGGAACAGCCACCAGAAGAUCCACCAUCACAGGAUGAUAAUAACGAUGAUGAUUGGUUAAGAUUUUAA